CAGAUGCGAGCUCACAAGAAACAGUGUAGCCUUAACCAGCCCAUAUUAAGUUUCUAGAAUGGGUGGCGCAUCUCGUAUAUAUAGGAUCUGUGAAAUUCUACGGCUUGUUGUGGUAAUGACCGCCAUAUGGCUCCUCCCAGAAGAUUACUCAACUGUGUGCUGAAACAUUAUAAUCACUCAGUUAAAUAGUUUAAACAUUUAACUUUAAAAAGCCAUGAGAACUGAAUAACUUUAUUGUUACAUUAUAAAGUUGAUCAAAUUCCAAAUGUUUCUGAGAGUCAUAUAAUUAGAAGUCCCCGCAGGUGUAAUACAUACCAUAUUCACGGUUUUCUCUCCAGGUGUGAAAUAAUUAUUUAGGUCAAAUAUUUCUGCUCAGAUUCCUGUUUUAUGAGCAACAUUAAAGUAAAUUCAAACAGUAAAGUGAAUUUAUCAUCAAUUAUGUCCGCACUUGAAAAGUGAGAAAAAAGAAAAAUAUCUUGACUUUAAAACCAUUGCAAACUAAAUGUAAGGUGAUGAUUUAACCUAACUUCUAUUAACAGUGCAGGGCAAAAACAAUGCUUUUUUUUCUUCGUUUGUUCACAAAUAAAGAUAGUGACGUGUGUCAUUGUUUUAAAGAGAUACAAACUGAGGUAGCAAUAAAUAGCUCAUAUCUUCAACUGUCGACAUGUUUAGAUGUGUGGCCGCCAUGCUGGAUAUUAUACAACACGUUCUAAUUUACUUAAUAAACAAAAAUAAAUCCAGAGUGUAAAGGGGCUCACUUAAUUGGCUCUUCCUGUGAGUGGUCUGGAGUAUAGACGAUCUUUGAUGCCGGUGUAAACUUGACACUUCGGCCAUACGUUUAAUGAAGCCCAACUUGCUUCGGUGAGGCGUGAGCGUCGCGUCUGUUUGCUUGUGUACUUUAACCAAAAUGGGACGCAAUUAGUAAGCAGAGGUAGUAUACAGACUGCUGGACGGUGAGGUAUAAAACCAAUAUGGUACUAUCUGUUACCUGAAAUUAGCUCAGCACCUGCUAGCUGCUAAUAUUAAACACCAAGCCACGAGGUAGUAAUAGUGGGAUGACUAGGAAUUACCUGCUCUUAUCGUCAUUCCUGGUAAUAGUUUAUUGUUCAGUGAACUACUUCAGUUCUUGAUAAUAUUUAAAAGAUAAGCUUGAAGGAACCGGAAGCAAAAAUAAUUUCAAAAUAAGAGUUUACGUUAGCGAUUGAGAUACUUAAAAAGGCGGAAGAUUUUUUUUUUUUUACAAUGUGAAAAUGUAAAUAAAAGUUACCAGAAAAGUUUGGUGUUUUUUUUUUAAAUUAAAUUUUAACAGUUUGAAAUAAGGCUAAAUAAUAAGUCUUAUUUUAAAAAAGUUGCUGUUUUUCCGGUCAGUAAAGCUUCGGGAGUUCUAAAGUCUGACUUAAAUAAUCAGCAUGGGCAUCCAUGCGCCUGUCAUCUGCACUCUGCUGUACGUUGUCCUUGACAGUGUCAUCACCACUGUCCUAUACAUUAAGGGGACAGAGCUGUCCCUCUUCAUACGUGAUGUCGUGGACUUUGACAUCCUGAGCUCGGCCCUUGACCUGUGGGGCAUUGUCCUUUUCCGAGCGUCCCUCCUGCUGGGUGCCUCCAUUGGGGUUUUAUGGAACAGGGAGGACGGCCCGCCCAGGGUCACCCGGGUCACCACCAUCAUUCUCCUCUUCUGCAUGGUUGUCAUCACCUACACCCUGGCCAAGCUGCUGAUGCUGACCGAGGUGGAGCCCCUCAGCCAGCAGCCGUGGAUCCUGAGCCUGAUGGGAUGGACUUGCGCCUCCUCCCUGGGUGUCGUGCUGCUCUGGAGGCGGCUCGGGAGGGUUUCCAGCUCCGAGAGCGGGCUGAACGUCGUGAACAGCCGUGGAGGAGGAGGAAGGGUCUCCGAGGACACAGAGAAGCUGGUGGAUACAGCUGGUGAAGAGGAGGAGGCUGGAGGGAGGAAGGAGAAAGAGAAGGUCAGCUCUCGGGCUACGUUGGGACGCUUGCUCAGCUACUGCAGAAAGGAUGCUGGACUGCUUUCCUUAGCCGUCCUCUUCCUGUUCAUCUCUGCAGUGUGUGAAGCUUUCAUUCCAUUAUACUACGGGAAGGCCAUAGACAGUAUUGUGGUUCACCGGAGCAUGGAGUACUUUGCUAAACCUGUAGUCACAUUGGCUUCACUGGCUUUGGUCAGCUCGAUGGCCAUCGGAGUGCGAGGAGGAGUCUUCACCCUGACAUUUGCGAGAUUAAACCUUCGGCUGAGGAGCCGCCUCUUUAGAACCCUGAUGACGCAGGAAAUUGCCUUUUUUGAUGAAAACCACACCGGGGACAUCCUUUCACGUCUGUCAGCAGACACCACCCAGGUGAGCGACCUCAUCUCCCAGAACGUCAACGUGUUUUUGCGGAGCGUCAUCAAGGGCACCGGCUUCGUCAUCUUCAUGUUUCGGAUGUCCUGGAAGCUCACUCUGGUCACCAUGAUGGGAUUCCCUUUCAUCGCUCUGGUCUCCAAGCUUUAUGGCGAAUACUACAAGAAACUGACCAAAGAGGUGCAGACGGUCCUAGCAGAAGCUAACAAGGUCGCCGAAGAGACCAUCUCAGCCAUGAGGACAGUGAGGAGCUUCGCCAAUGAGAGCGGGGAGGCUGACUCCUACUACGCUAAACUCUUGGUCAUGUUCCAGCUCAACAAAAAGCAAGCCCUGGCCUACGCCUGCUACAUGUGGUCCAGUUCUAUAUCAGAGCUUGCUCUUGAAGUGGCUGUCCUCUACUACGGAGGCCAUCUUGUACUCACCAACCAGUUGAGCAGCGGCGGCUUGAUUUCUUUUUUCAUUUACAUGCUGGAGCUGGGAGAAUGUUUUGAGAGCAUUGCGUCAGUCUACACUGGCCUCAUGCAGGGAGUCGGAGCAGCUGAGAAGGUGUUUGAGUAUCUGGACAGGAAACCCAAACAUCCAGCGGAGGGCACCGAGGCUCCAAACUCCUGCACUGGUCUGGUUGAGUUUAAAGACAUCACCUUCGCUUAUCCAACACGGCCAGAGAUUGACGUCCUCAAGGGAGUGUCGUUCACUCUGCGGCCCGGAGAGGUGACCGCCUUGGUGGGGCCUUCAGGCAGUGGAAAGAGCUCCUGUGUGAGUCUGCUGGAAAAUUUCUACCUCCCUCAGAGAGGCCAAGUGCUGCUGGACGGGAAUCCUGUUAAUGAGUUUCAGCAUGACUAUCUGCACUCCAAGAUUGCUCUGGUGGGCCAAGAGCCUGUGCUGUUUGCCCGGACCAUUAAGGAGAACAUCUCCUACGGCCUGAGUGACGUCUCUAUGGAGAUGGUGGUGCAGGCUGCCACCAAGGCUAACGCUCAUGACUUUAUCACCAGCCUCCCCAAAGGCUACGACACAAGUGUUGGGGAGAAAGGCUUGCAACUGUCUGGGGGACAAAAACAAAGGGUGGCUAUAGCCAGAGCCCUCAUCCGCCAGCCACGCGUCCUCAUCCUGGACGAAGCCACAAGUGCUCUGGACGCAGAAAGUGAACAUAUUGUUCAGCAGGCUUUGAACAGCAUCAUCCAGCAACACACAGUGCUGGUGAUCGCCCACCGGCUCAGCACGGUGGAAAAGGCCGACAACAUCAUCGUGAUCGACAGGGGCCGCGUGGCCGAGCGGGGGAACCACAGUCAGCUGAUGGCCACCGGCGGCCUCUACUGCAAGCUGGUGCAGAGGCAGGUCCUGGGCAUCGAGACCGGGGCGGAGGUCCUCAAUCCGUCAGAGACUGUCCGGUGGAAGUCUGACAGAGGGCGGAGGAGACAAAGCACCGGCAGCAGUGGGAGCGAGUCGGAGCACAAUAUGCGCUACUGAGAUCGAGCUGCAGAGUGAAAGAUGUUUUCAACAUGACAGGCGAAUGAUAAUCAGGCUGAUCUGGGCUACUGUGACAGGAAAACACCACUAAAAGUCAAAGCACUCCACUAAUAUCCAAAGAAGUUGUCACUUUAAAGAUUCUGUACAAAAUUUUACAUCUACUUACUUAACAACUUCAUUAAAGUAGUUCAGGGGCUCUCAACAGCGUACAGUGUAAAAUAAAACAAGAUAAAUAAUUUCACAACUUUUCCACAUAAAUUGGCAAAUAUUUUGCACUAGGGCUUUCUCGAUGCAACUUUUUCACUUCCGAUACGAUACCAAUAUUGCAGCUUUGAGUAUGGACUGAUACCGAUAUUCACUCCAUACUAUAACAGCACAAAUUAUAACUUCUUUUAUUAGUUAUUCUGUAGUGUUUAAUGCUAGAAAAGGCUCUGUUGUGAACAACAAUAGAACAACUGAGCUAUUUAUUAUUAAGCAAUGGGUCUGUGUGUGGGCUACAAGCACUGCGGGAAAGAAAUGAUGCGGCGGACUAAAUGCUGGAGUGGAGUGCUUCUGUUAGCGCGCUUGAACAAGAGAUUUUAGAUGCAGGCCGGCCGAUACAAUCCGAUGCUCAGUUUUUAGCUGAUAUCAGACUGAUUUCCGAUAUUAAUAUCGGAUCGGGACAACCCUUAUUUUACACAAUUCAACUCAAAAACAAACUUGGAAGAAAAAAAUUUUUAAAAAUGCAAAAUGUGCAAUAACCCAGUUGUAUGCACAAGAGCUGGUGUGCUGCUUGUUUCAGAUUAUUUUCUGGUUCAGAGUAUCGGAAUAAAGCAAAAUUGUUUAUUACGAGAACAUAUAGAAUAUGAUCAGAAGGUAAUUCAUCCGUUAAUUCAACUGUGUUGGACCUGUACAUUUUGAGAGCAUCUGUUUAUACAAUAUUUUAAUGCAUCACAAGCCUUGAAUGAAUGCUCACUAAAUGCAUUAUCAGCUUAAAAAAAGGGAUGUGCUGCUGUCAAUGCACUUUUUGUUUUGUAGCAAUACCUCAUCGACAUCUCACUGUAACUGUUUUUUACUUUGAAGCUGUCUUGCUGUUUUUUAACUAAUGUGUUUUUAAAAAGGAAUUCCUUUAUUGGCACUACAUAUGCUGGAUAUACUUUCAAACACUGAAAAUGACAAAAAGGUGCGAUCGCUAAGUAUGUAUAAAAAAUGUAUGAUCUCCUGCUUGUUGUUGAAGAAAGUGUUAAUUGUAAAACAGGUAAGGAGCCAUACUAAUUUAUAGCAAAUAUUGUAAUGGCAACUACUUUGAUGCUUCCAGUUCUGUAGAGUUGUGGUGUAAACGCCAUGUUAAGUGCGUGUCUGUAUGUGUGUAUUCUAAAGUAUACAACUACAAUGGGCUUUUUUUAAGCUGAAAUUUGAA